CACUCUCCUUAUCAGGACUUUUCUGCUGAUUUAUAUUAUUUCGUUUCUGUGCAUUUUUGGCGCCUUUUUUAAGUUGAACAAACAACCGCGUUUUUUCUGGUGUAGAAGGUUUAAUCAGAUUUCGUUAACAAAAUGAAAUAUCGACUGCAGGCAACAAAUCUUAUACAAAACGUAAAAAAUACUUCUGGUUGCACCCAUUCUUCUGGUGUGAGUUGGAUUCAGUUUUAUAAAUACAGAAUGAAUACAAUAAACAAUGUGAUGUGUGUUGUGAAAGAUUGCUGUAAAGUUGGAGAAGUGGGAGCCCAUGUGGCCAUUGAUGUCCACACUGCUGAGAUGUUUAUCGUUCCAAUGUGUAAAACUCACAAUCACCCUACGGUGAAGGAUUGGAUGGAAGUCAAGGAAGGAAGGUUAGCUGUAUCCAUUACAAGAGAAGAUGCAAACAACCAGCAAGAAUGCUAUUACAGUAACUGAAAAAAACAUAACUGGAAACACAUAGAUGUAAAAAUGUAAACUUUUUUUUGUUUACCACAACUGAAAGAAAUUUACUAACUGA